GCCAUUUUGAUAAAGUGCUUUGUGUUUUAAUGGUAACGCGGAAUUAUUGGAAUGAUUAAUGGAUUGGAUAAUACAUAAGUGAUUAAAAGGAAGUCUCCUGUUUUUCGGUAUAAAUGGGUGAUCAUAAUGUGGUUACGAAGUGAGAAAAGAAACAGGGGAUUUCAUAAAUUUUCCUUGGCAGCAAACAAACCCAAAAGAAAACCUAAAAAGACUGGCUGGGUUCCCAAAUCCAGAACCGUGUCGCUUUACAAAAACUGUCUUAAAUCUGUCAAAAAGAAAUUUGUGAAAACCAAGGAACCUCAGAAACCAAAAAUUUCUGAAGAAUGUAAAGAAAACUAUCAAUCCCAGGUAGUUCCCCAAUUAUAUGAAGAAGGGACCAAAACUCUUGAGACCUUGAAUAAUGUCCCUCCUACCAGUGAUAUGUCAGCAACUAGUAGAUGUUACGAGUAUUUUGAUAGUACUCCUUCUGGUACCAGUUCUUAUGAAACACAAUCUGAAAUGAUCAAUACAGACCUUCCAAAAGAAAUAGAGUAUUCCACCAUCGAACUUAAUACUAUAGAAAAUCUUAAUUACAAUGAAAAAAUGCAAUAUAUCGCUGAUAAAAAAGCUUGUGAAUAUCAAAAGGAUAAGUACCCAUACAAUAUGUUUGCAGAGAAAAUUUGUGAGACCAUGUAUUAUGAAUACCCUUCUAUGAAAGGUGAAUAUCCUGAGCUCCAAAUAGAUAUUAAUGAUCUAAAUAACGUUAACACUCAAGAUUUUACCAACAUGUUAGAUGAGGAAAUGUCAAAAGAUGUUAACAUGCAAAAUGUGUAUGAUUACACUACACUGUACACUUCAAAUAUUCCUGAUAAUCACAUGAUCACUAGUGUUUCGUCACAAGAAGUUGAGCGGCUAGAUAGACAACCAGAACACAUUGAGGUUGAAGAUACUUGGGAUGCUUUUGAUCCGUAUUUGUUCAUCAAACACCUGCCUCCUUUGACUUGUGAGAUGAGAGCUAAGUGCCCUGCUUUACCAUUGAAAACGAGAUCUAGUCCAGAUUUUAGCCUGGUGUUAGAUCUCGACGAAACUUUAGUCCACUGUAGCCUACAAGAACUCAAAGAUGCCAGUUUUCAUUUUCCGGUGCUAUUUCAAGAUUGUUCUUAUACUGUAUAUGUUAGAACAAGACCUUUCUUCAGAGAAUUCAUGGAAAAAGUCUCACAGAUGUUCGAAGUGAUACUUUUCACGGCAUCUAAGAGAGUUUAUGCCGAUAAACUGCUUAAUUUGUUGGAUCCAGAAAGAAAAUGGAUUAAAUACAGACUUUUUAGGGAACACUGCGUUUGCGUCAAUGGCAACUAUAUUAAGGAUCUUUCUAUACUCGGCAGAGAUUUGUCCAAGACAAUUAUCAUCGAUAACUCUCCACAGGCAUUUGGUUACCAUUUGAAUAAUGGAAUUCCCAUUGAAAGUUGGUUUGAAGAUAGGAGUGACUCUGAAUUAAUAAAGUUGUUACCGUUUUUAGAGAGUCUGGUGACAGUGAAAGAAGAUGUCAGACCGCACAUUCGGAAUAAAUUUAAGCUGUUCAGCUAUCUACCUCCAGAUUAGGACAUGUAAGCCUAGACAAUCUUGUAUGAAAAACAAAAUAACAUGUAAUACAUUGUACUUUUCGUUACUUUUACGUUAAAGUACUGACUAACUUUAAUAUUACGUGCCUUUUUGGAUCAACACGAGAAUAUUGAUGUAUAGAUAAAAAAUUUACCGUAUAACUUUAAAAAAGAAUGACAUGGAUGGUUUGUUAAAAUAAUUAUUAAAUUGUCCGUACUAUUAGAGUACUUUUAAAUAAAGAAAUGGUUUAAGCUAAAAAUUUAAACGAAUUUGGAGUGUUCUUCUUUUUUGAUUUUGCUCAGUAUUGAAAAGCAAUCAAUAAUUAUUUAUAUUCUAUCCUGCAAUCCCUUAAACAUGUUCUCUAGAUACCUUUGUCAUAAGUUUAACAAAAAUCAACGUAUUUUGGUAUACUUCUUUGUCAUCUAUUUGGCAAUUUUUAAGUUGAAACAUCUCUUAAAAAUAGAAGAGAUUCUUGCAGGGUUCUCUGCAACUAAUAUCUUACAAAUGAUGGGUCCAUGUUGUGUUCUGGAGAUUGGAUCUGUAAUUUUUUUGUUUAUUAAUUUCGUUAUUUUUACGCUUUUGUUUAUUUUCCGCUGCUAAAGAAAGAUAGGAACUUCUGCUUCCGAAUUACAUGUAGAUAUUAAGUUCACUACUUCAGUCAUUCCUCAGUCUGAUUGGUCUCUUUAUAACCAUAUUUCAUCCUCAGUUCUUAAUAAUGAGAAUUUUAAUAUCGUUUUCACAAGUAAAGUAAGUAGACAUUUAUAUCUGAUCCAACAAAAAUGUCACUUCUAGAUUUAUAAUGAGGUCUUCCAAGUACAAUCUUCAUAUUUUUUAUUUUAGUUGUGAGCUUUGUGGUACCAGAGAUAGGAGGUACCAAAAAUGGGGACAAGUGAGGUACCAAAGAUGGGGACAAGUAAGAUACCAUAUGUUUCAGAUAAUAUAUUCUCUGUUUGGAUAUUCCCUCAUUACUAAGGUUGGUUUCAUAAAAUUCUGUUGUACCUCUCUGGUGAUCAAAGAUAAUGAUGAAAGACUUGAUAAUCUGUGAGAAUGAUUCCUAAGGUGUAAAUUCUUUCAUAUACCCAUGAAUCAAAAUAAAAAAUUUAAACAUAAAGCAAACUCUUAUUUGAAAAAACAUUCAUGAUGACUAAAAAGUAUGCUAUUACAUAUAAAUUAAUGUGUUUUAAGUGAUAUCAAUUUCAUUUGUUUUAUUAAUUGAGUGAAACAAUUCGUUGGCCAAAUUAUAAACUGAUUGCUUUUCAACACUCCCUGGUAAUUAAUUUGGUUGUUGUAGUAGUUGUACAAGUAGCUGGUUUACUUAAAACGUUUGGUUGUAGAUGAGUGCAAUAAUCGAAAAUAUGUGAUUACGAAAAACAGAUUUUAAUGAGAAUGGGAACGAUUUGUAACUUGUACAGCGUUGGUCAGUAUUUUAAAAAGAUGUUUUUAAAAAUAUAAACAUAAAACAUAGUAUUGUAUUGUAAAAUUCUUACAGAAAGUGUAUAUAUAGGGGAACAAAAAAAUUAGAAGUUAGGUUUCUUGCCAUAAACAAGAACAUUUUUCCUGAUCAAUAGAUUAGUUGCAAUACUAUGCACAAAAAAUAUUAUUUGUUUGUUAUUUGAGAUCUGGAUGCGUCUAAUGUUGAAACUACUAAAAUCGUGAGAAUAAUUAUGUUGAUUUUGUUUUGGAAAACUUGUGAAUAGCAUUUUAUUUGAAUAAGGACCGAUUUUUUAAAUUUUGACGUGAUAUAUGAGGUGUUGCAAUUAAAUAACGAGACUUUUUUCCUUUUAAUAUAUUUUUUAUUUGUAUAGCAUUUAAUUUGAAUAACAAAUGUCACGAGUCGCCACUGCUUGUGACCACAAAAAUAUCUGAACUUUUGACAAUUUUAGCUGUUGCAGCAUCCAGAUCGCAUGUUAGGAUUAGGUAUAAGUAUUAUAUCUCCAUGUUGUAAUGUUUUAUAUUUUAUUACACAAAAUCUCAUUUACCCAAACCUAGUAUUCGAAUAACCUGUUGAACUUUUUGAGUUAUUUAGUUAAAAUUGUUAAGUACCUACUAUUUUUUUAUUAAGUUAAUUCUAAAUUUAUUUAUAUUUUUAUUCCAAAGUCUAUUUCCGGUAAAUGGUUAUUUAGACGCAAAAUGUGGAUGAAUUUGAACUCGUAAAAAUGUUGCAGAUAUAGAUAUUAGAUGGAUACUAGCCACUUAUUUAUACUGUCCCAAAUGUUGAAAUUUUGGCCUCCCUGUAAUAGCUGUCAUCAAGGUUCACGAGAGUUAUAUAGUUUUUUUCGUCUCUACUAACCAUUUUUCAAUUUAUCCCUCCAUAGAUUUGUUAUAUUUCAUUUGUUGUUAAUGUGCCUAAAUGCCUAACUGGGUAUUUUUUGUUUUGGUUGAAUUCCGUAACAUUUAACUUAUGUAUAAUUGUGCCUUUUACUUAUCUAUUAACAACAAAUAAUACUAAUUUAAUUCAUAAUGGUCAUCUAUGAGCUAUGCCCAAAACAUUCACUGCUUUUAGGUAAAAGUUAUGAAAUUCACAACUCUGCCCAUUCAUUUGUACGAGUUCGGAAUAUUUCACAAUAUGAGACGCCUCUAGAUACUCAUUUACCCCAAUUCCUAAUUGAGUAUCUAAAGCUGGGUGAAAAUGAGAAAAUUGGAAUAGAAUACCUUGCGUUUUGGUCUUGUUUCAAAGACAUACAUCUUAUCAAAAUUUGACACCACUUGAAAAAUGAUUUUUUAUUAAAUUCGACUGUGAUUUAGUUUCAUUAAAAUUUAUAAAUAUAUGCAACAUAUGUUACACUUAUUAAAAGGUAAAGGGGUAUUUUCGUAGUACUUUACAUUUUUUUUAAUCGAAGGUAAUACAGAUCUUCAUAUAGCAAUCUGGAAUUCAAUUUAAUCGAAGUAAUUAUAUCUUUAAAGAGGGUCACUGAAAACAAUACACCCUAAUGUUUUAAUUAAAUAUUAAAACAGGUUGAUUUUUAUUCCAAAGGGAAUACAUUUUAAUGAUCUGUCAUUUGUCAACUCCUUCCCUUUCAGUUCUAAUUUUGAGUAAGGAAUAUACCAUGUGUAGCAUAUCAUAAGAGGAGCAUAUUGAUCGAGUAUUCAGGCACCCACUCUUUUUCCGAUUAAAACUUCAGUUUAAUGAAAAAGUAAUAUUGAAAGUUUUAUACAUUGAAAAAUUAAAUGCAAUGCUUUUGUUUUGCUAAUGCAUCAAAUAAUUCUAAAAAUCAGGGUGGACUGUUUUCGGUGGCCCACUCAGUAUCAGAUAUUCAUGUAUUUACUGUUAACACAAAUGAAAUGAAGUAGUUUUUUGGUAAAUGCAUUUGUGCUAAAUUUGCAAAAAUAAUAAUUGUAGUAUUUUUGCAAAUUUUUAUUUUAUAUCCAGGUCGGAUAAUUUUACAUAUUCAAAAGUAUAUAUAGGCCGUACAGGAGGAAGUUUCAAAAAACCAAGUUUUUUUAACAGCAGAGUAUGGGGCAUCCCCUCCACUCCCACUCUGACGUCAGAAGAUGGCAGCUAUGACUUCAGCUGUUAUUUCAACUGUCAAUUUGUCUUUUCCGUGUCAAUUCUUCUUUCUGUCAAAUCGUUUUGACAGAAAGAAUUCUGUCGUGUGUCGUUAAAUCAAUCAAUUUUGCAAAAAGUGGAGUUGUUCGUUUUGAUAUAGUAACGUGUUAGAUACAUGUGGUGUACAGAGACACAACAUGUAUCUACAUCGACGACCAACACAUAGAGCUAAAAGUUAAAGGUUUUGGUAUUUUUACUUAUAUUAAUUCACGCACAAAUUUAAUACCAAAUUUAAGGGCAAUGAAAUAGCUCCAGAUCAAGGAUACACUUUCACGACCGGUGUCUUAUAAUGAGGCAUUUUUGUUUCCAAACUUAUACCGCUAGGCCUUAAAUUGUGAAUAUAGACUUACUUCAUUCUAAUUUUCAAUCUGCAGCCCUGGCAGAUAUUAUCGAAAGCGAUGUGGCAACUGUCAAAGGAUGCUGGUCGCUGACAGUUGUCAGAACAGCUUCCGCCCGUUCGGAAGAUCCUGUUGCAACAACGCCUUUCAUAGUCAUGGAAAAAUUCCAUGAUCUAUAAUUUUGAAAAGGCAGAAAUUAUGCGAAAAGAAAACAUAAAUCGAAUAUCUUAUAAAAUAUGAGGUGUCCCCUAUUGCUGUGUCCAUUUUGGAAGUGUAAUGUAAGAAAUUUUAAGUAAAACAAAAACACAUAAAAGUUAUGUUUAUUGGUUUUUUCACUCAAGUUACAGAGCAACACUGUAUAUUAUCUAAAAAAUCACGAAAUGUUAAUUAUAUGGUUAAUUAAGGUGGUUUCAGUUCCCUAAAAUACCAUAAUGGUUUGUUGUGAGGAUUUGUCACCAUGUCACGUUUGUCAUGUACUGAAACAGUAAUGAUUGUGUAACAAAGAGGUGUUGAAAAUAUAUUAACCUUUGUUACAGCUGUCUGCAAUGUAAUUAACACUUUGUUUAUGAAUGUUUUCAGUUAUACACCUAACUUCUGUUACUCUAGAACUUAGAACAAAAUAAAAAAAAGAACCUAAAACUUUUAUGUGUUUUUCGUCUUAUGAAGAAUUUAUAUCACACUCCCAAAAAUUGAACAAUUUCAAUUGAUUUCUAGAUUUACAUAUUUGUAUUGCCUUCAGUUUUUAUAACAUUUUUCAGUAGUGCAAAUUUUGGAACAGGUUUUUUUUAUUUAUACUCCUACUAUAUACUUUUGUGUAUACGGUAUUCAGAAAAAUACAUUUUAUUUACUUGGUCAGGACUGACAGUUAAUAUUUUUAAAUUAUUGUAAACUUAGAGCGACGAAAAACAGUUGAAUAUAUUUAAAAGUUCACAAACGAUUCUUUUAUGUACGCUUUCUAUCAAAGAAUCACUUGUGUUACAAGAUAUAGUGUGUAGUAACAGUGUUUUUUUUUUUUUUAAUUUUGAUAUCAUAACUAGUUAAAAAUUGCAGAUGAAAGGGAAAACAAAAACUUACUUCCAACAAAUGUUAUACAUCUAAUAAUUAAGUUCAUGAUUUCAACAAAUUCCUACUUCAUUGUCUCUAUUUACCAAUACAUUGUUUAGUGUUUGAUCCAAAUACUAAGAAAUGUAAUCGUGGAUGUGUAUUUUAGUAAUCCUACUUCAAUUUCGGACGCUUUUCAGGAAUUAUUAGGAUAUUCUGCUAUUCUCAGGCGUUCAGUUCAUACACUGAAGAAGUCCUUUUUUCCACAAUUCUAUAAAAUCGUUAAUAAAAAUGAAAACGUUCUGAUCUUUUGAACAAUCACUGAAUGGAUUUUCUUACAUUCUGCAAAUAGCUUUUGUCUUGUUGAUGUUGUAUUUUGUAACAAUUUUCUACUUCUGAAUACCCUAUACAUGAUUUACAAACUGCUAAAAGUUGUUUACACGCAUAAUUAUGAAAUAAUGUUUAGAAAUAUAUCGGGAAUACAUUAAUCAUAAUGCACUUUUGAUAAUUACCUAGAAUCUAGGUCCUAUUUCAGAUAUUUAUUUUUAUUUUGUUACAUAUUAUCUUUUGGUGAUCACGGAUAACUCCUAUAAAAUUAAAAUGACUUAUUACCUCUACUAGUAGUUGUUUGUAUUUUUUUUUACAAAUUGUGCAAUUGAAAUUUUUGGCUAUUAUUAUAUUGUUACUGUUAUCUGCAAAAAAUAGUUCGUGUACUGUUGAAAUAUGUUUUUGUCUUGUCAUGUUUUGAUCUUUAUAGGAGUAUCCAUAGUUGUUUUUGUUUGUAAACAAAAUUAUUUGAAUUAAUAAAUAAAUAUAUUACAUUU